AUGAGCUCAACUAGAAAAAUUUACUUAAGUCUUCUAAUAAUAUCAGGAAUUAAUGCCAUGUUUUCACCACUCUGCAUGCCAAUGGCUUCUAUGAAUCCAUGUGCACCUGCAGGCGGAUCAAUGCUUCCAGAUUUAUCUAUGGGUAGCGGAUUAGACACUGGAAUUUCCCUAAACUGCCAUCUGUCAUCAAGUGGAUCAUCCAUGGGAUCCAUGGGCUCUAUGGGAUCUAUGGGGUCUACUCUUUGUAUGCCUCCGAUGGCUCAACAAGGUGGUAUGAUUGGAGGAUUUGAUUCUGGAUUCAAUGGAAUGAGCUCUCAACCCUCAUCUCCUCCUAUGAGCGGAGUUCAGCUGGUGUGUAACUCUAUUGGAAUGCCAGAUGCUAAGCAAUUUGGUGGAAUGGGCUCUACUAUGGGCGGCUCUAGCUGGGGAAAUGACUGCUAUACUAAAGUUGGAAGUAUAUUCAUGAAUGGGUUCUCUGGCGGAAGCUCUAAACUUAAUGAUAUCUGUUGUACAAUGGCAACAGGCAUGGGAGGAAAUAAGCUUCUUCGAUAG